AUGACCGACGUCUACUCCAACACUGAUGCUGACAACUUUCCGGGAGCCCGUGAGCGUACGCGCCCUGGCUCUGCCCCUGGCGAGAUCCACGACACGGUGGUCGACGUCAACGGCAAGCGCGUAAGUAACAAGCCCGCCAACAGUGCCAUUCUCGCUGGCCAAAAGGCCCGUCUUGAGCGCGAAGAGCGCCAGCGCGCUAAAGCCGCCCAGCCCAAGACGACAAAGCCCCAGGCCCAGUCAUCGUCCUCGAUCCUGCCCAAGCUCUUCCUCCUCGCCAUCUUCAUCCCGCUCCUCUCCCACUUCUUCACUGGAACAUGGGACUUUGAGAUGGGCCCCACCGUGCGCUACCACGUCCGCAAGGUCUGGACCCAUCCUGCCAACCCUUUCGCCCCAGAGCUCCAGAAGUUCACCGCCGUCCAGCUGUCCCGUUACGACGGCACGGACCCCAAGCUCCCCAUCUACCUGUCUAUCGGCGGCGAGAUUUAUGACGUUUCGGCCAACCCCCGCAUGUACGGCAAGGGUGGCGCGUACAACAUGAUGGCUGGCCGCGACGCGUCGCGCGCUUUCAUUACGGGCUGCUUCCAGACUCACCUCACUCACGACCUGCGCGGCCUGUCCGAACAGGAGCUCAAGGGCAUCACCAGCUGGCAGACCUUCUUUGACAAGAACGAAAAGUACUUCAAGAUCGGAAAGGCCAUCCUCCCUCCUAUUGACCGCAACUCGCCCAUCCCGCCCCCGUGUAACGUGCAGGGCGGCGACGAAGCGCCGGCUCACCACAAGAAGGGCGGUAAAAAGCCCACCAAGUAA